UAGUCGGUCUUGUAUUCCAGUUAGACUAAAACCGACACUUCCUGUUGGAGAAGAACCGAUGAUCGCUCUGUUUUGGACAUGUUGAAGAAUGUUCUGAGCAGGUUGGUGAGAGAAACGGUUCGUGUUCAACGUCAUGUGAGUGCGGUUCCGUCCAUACAGACGCUGACAGGCUGCCGUGUGUCGGUGAGGAGUUUCGCGGAGGUGAAGGACGAAGUGCAGCCGCCUUUCGACUCCUCCCUGCUGGAAGUACUGGUCUGUCCGCUGUCCAAGAAGCCACUGAGGUAUGAUGCCAACACCAAUGAGCUGAUCAACGAGGAGCUUGGCAUUGCUUAUCCAAUUGUUGAUGGCAUUCCCAACAUGAUCCCGCAGGAGGCCAGGCUGCUACAGAAAGACACACAAACUCCAAGCACACCUUCAGAGUAG